CUAUCUUGCAAUUCCUUUCUUGGUUUGGAGCCCAGAAGGGGCUGACCCCAGAAGCGGCUGGUCUGGCACAGCCCCUGCAGUUCCUGCGGGACACGAGAGACGGCGACACAGAGCAGCACGGCCGGGCCGCAGAGCGCCAGCUCGCCCCAGAGCAGCCACCAGGGGCGGGGGCCGCGGGCCGGGCUCUGACGUCGGGGGCGGGGCCGGCGGCCGUGACGCGCGGAGGCGGGGCCGUGCGUCUUCCAGGCCGGGGCGGCGAUUCAUUCAAAAGGCGCGCAGCUUGCGCGGCCGCCCGGGCGCUCACCGACACGGGCCCGGGCACCGCGUCGACCCAGGAGCCGGGCUGCUGGAGGGGGCGACCAGCCCCGUCCGGGAACACACGUGGGAACACAGCGGCCGCCUCUUCCGUCUCCACCUGCUGGGGCCUGAGGAUGAAGCUGAGCCCGCCGCCCUGGCCCCUGUCCUGUCUGCUCGUGCUGCUGCCCUGGCCUCUGGCCACUACCACACCGACAGCCCCUCAGCAGUGCCCACCUGGGCAGGAGCCCAACCUGGAACCAGGGCAGGGCACAUUAUGUAGGUCCUGCCCCCCAGGCACCUUCUCGGCUUCCUGGGGCUCUCACCCUUGCCAGCCGCACUCACACUGCAGCCCUCGAGGGAGGCUAGAGGCCCAGGUGGGCACAGCAACACAAGACGCACUAUGUGGAGACUGCCAGCCUGGGUGGUUUUCCCCUGCAGAGGGCCCCGGUGUUCCCUGCCGGCCAUGCUCCCGGACCCCUCUGGGUGGCCGCAGCUGUUUCGAACGGGGGCGACGGGCCCGACGUGGCGUGGAGGGGGCCGCAGGGGCCGGCGGUGCAGGGGAGAUGCGGCAGCCUGGGAACAGCACGCGGGCGGGCAGCCCCGAGGAGACGGCUGCCCAGUACGCAGUGAUCGCCAUCGUGCCCAUCUUCUGUCUCAUGGGGCUGCUGGGCAUCCUGGUGUGCAACCUGCUCAAGCGGAAAGGCUACCACUGCACGGCCCAGAAGGAGGUCGGGCCUGGCCCCGGAGGCGGAGGCAGCGGGACCAACCCUGCCUGCCGGCCUGAGGAUGCCAGUGAGGACACCAUUGGGGUUUUGGUGCGCCUGAUCACAGAGAAGAAAGAGAAUGCUGCGGCGCUGGAGGAGCUGCUGAAGGAGUACCACAGCCGACAGCUGGUGCAGACCAGCCACCAGCCUCUGCCCAGGCUGCCGCCGGGCCCACCCAGCAUGCCGCACGUCUGCCCGCAUCGCCAGCACCUCCACACCGUGCAGGGCCUGGCCUCGCUCUCGGGCCCCUGCUGCUCCCGUUGUAGCCAGAAGAAGUGGCCCGAGGUGCUGCUGUCCCCUGAGGCCGCAGCUGCCACCACUCCUGCUCCCAGACUCCUGCCCAACCCAGCCAGGACCCCCAAGGCCGGGGCCAAGGCUGGACGCCAGGGCGAGAUCACCAUCUUGUCUGUGGGCAGGUUCCGUGUGGCCCGAAUUCCCGAGCAGCGCGUGAGUUCGGUGGGCUCCGAGGUGAAGACCAUCACGGAGGCUGGGCCCUCAGGGGGUGAGCUCCCCAACUCCCCACGACCUGGCCUCCCCAGUGAGCAGCGGGCACUUCUAGGAAGUGGUGGAAGCCAUGCUAAGUGGCCGAAGCCCCCAGCAGAGAACAAGGCUGAGGAGAACCGCUAUGUGGUCCGGCUAAGUGAGAGCAACCUGGUCAUCUGAGGGGCUGUCCCGUCUGAGGACCCUGCAGCCCUGCCCUGGGUGGUUCCGAGGGCUUCCUGGAGGAGGGGGAGCUGCAGCUGGGCCCAUAAGGAUCCAGAAACGCCAGCAGACAAAACCGCCAAGGCCUGGAGGUGGGAGUGUCCACCCCGGUGAGGAGACAGGAGGCCGGCCGUCAGGUGCUGUGUGCAGGAGCAGGUGGAGGCCCCCUCCCGUCCCUGCCACCCAUUUCCCUCCUGCAGGUCCCUGAGCCUGUGCCCUCCUGCCCUGACCUCUGCUCCACCGGGCAGCUAGGCCUUGUGGUGGGGAAGGGCCCUCUGCCUGGCACCCCUGGCCCCCCCCUUGCCCCUGUAGGGGGGACCACUCCCUCCUUUUCUGACAGGUCCUAUAAAGGACCUGGGCUGGGAGCUGAGUUCUGGGCUCUCGUCUAGGGCAAGCCCCUGGCCAUUAUUGGGUCCCAGUUCUUUCGGCUGUGAAGUGGGAGUAGCAGCGUCGCGGCGCACAGGGCCUUCCCGCCUCGCAGGCUCUGGGCUGGGUCGUGGGGGUGGAGAGCUCGACUCCACACUGCCCCUCCCACUAGUAGCUUUAUCUGACCCCAUUUUUGCUGCUUCAGGCCCUCCGCCUUCAAGUCUCCCCCAGGGCUGCCUGAAUGUGGCUCUGCAUACAUAAGGGGCCUAAUGCAUGUGCCUGCCUCUGCCCCUGCUGUUUUUAUUGAAACUGAAGAAACAGACUUGACCUGGGCAGGACUGUGGUGCAGAGCCCCAGCCACUCCCAAGAUCUCAGGCGCUUCGGAGGGAAGUGGUGUGUGCGACGGGGCUGGGAAGGGGCCUCUGGCCUCGGUGGUUUGUGUCCCUGCAGUGUUGGUGUCUGUCCCCUGGCCUGGGCAGUGCGGGCGACUGCCCCACCUCCGUCUCCACACUGGCUCAGCAGUCUUGUUAUUUAUGUGGGGCUGUGCAGGCACGGGCCCACGGCAGUCCCCGUUUCUCUUAUUUAUUGAAACUUGGCUGUUGUCCAUCCUUGUGUCUCCAUACCCAUCCAUUGUUGAAUAAUAAAAAUGUGGGAAAGUA